AUGGCUGAGGUGCAAUAUCUGGGUCACCGAGUGGGAGGGGGUAAGAUUAGACCAGAGCCAGCUAAAGUGGAAGCCAUUCUAAACUGGCCAAGACCUUCCAAUCAGAAACAAGUAAGAGCAUUUUUAGGACUAGCUGGCUACUAUAGGAGGUUCGUUCCCCAAUACAGCACAUUGGCCAAACCUUUGACUGACCUGACCAAAAAGAAAUAUGCUAGACAGGUUGCAUGGUCCCCUGAGUGUGAGAGUGCAUUUGUGGCCCUGAAAGAAGCCCUCUCCAGUGCCCCAGUAGUAGCUGCCCCCGACUUCUCCAAGAAGUUCAUUGUUCAAACUGACGCCUCUGGUUGUGGUUUGUGA